CUCUAACGGGGACUCUAACGGACAGUAAACCUUACCGCAGCUGUUUGGCCAUUGAUCGUUGGAGGCCAAACUUGUGAUGAUGAAUUUUGCCCGGCCCACGAUAGCCCUAGUACCAGUUGAUGGAGGAAUACUGGAGCUGGCGACAACUGUCUCGGUCCCCGAAAACACUUCCAUCAUGCGUUUGGUGGCUUCUGUGUUCAACGACAACGAAUCGGCCCUUCCUAGUCUCAGCGAUGCCUGCAGAAGAGCAUUUAAUGGUAGAGCCGCAGUAAAUGGAUCUGUCCCUCAGCAUCCUAGGUACGGCGGCAAGAAUGCAGCCUCCUACACGUCGAAGUGCGUGCAAAAUCAUGCAGUUGCGCGUCUAGACGGAGACGAAGACGAAGACGAAGGCGUCGUCGGGUAUGGCACUGACAAAGACGAAGACGAAGACGAAGACGAAGACGACGACGAUAGAGACAUAGAUGACGACGACGGAGGAGAAGGAGUGCCGUACGAUGCCAAUGGUUUGCGUUCUUCAGCGCGAGACGAAGACGAAGACGAAGACGAAGACGAAGACGAAGGUGGAGGUGGAGGUGGAGGUGGAGAAGAAGAUGAAGAAGGAGAUGGAAAGUGACAUAUUGACGUAGACGGAGACAGGUACGGAGCGGGGUAGCAUGCGAGGCGGUAAACUGUGUUCUUUAGUUGCGGAUGGUUUUUUUUUUUUUUUUUUUCGUUUGGCGUUUUGUUUUCUGUACUGUGCUUUAAACGGUUGUGUUUUCUGUAGCGGUGCCACUGUGACAAUGAGGAUAGUGUCAGCGAAGGACAAAGGAGUGUACUUAGGUAGGAUGACAGGCGGUUUUUUGUGUUCUUUGGCUCCUUUCGUUUUUCCGGUUGGAUGAAAUUUUGUGUUUCUGUAGGUGUGACACACUGUUGGAAGGUCGCAACAAAGGUAGCCUCCC